AGUUAAAACACGCCUCCUGAAAAUGUUUUCCACCUAGAUACACUGACUUCAACAUUAUUUGCAUUCUAACUUUCCGCCAGUGACACAGGCGUGACAUGUGACCACCGCCGUACGUCUCCUAUAUAUAUAUGUACUCCUCCUACUUUCGUUUUUACACUAGCUAGAAAGGAGGUAGAAAUAUUACUGAGUCAUUUGACUCAGCACUUUCUGUCCCAAAAUCGAACAAAUUAGUGGCGGUCAAAAACUUCUUAUUUUACAACUGGUCAAAAGAUGGGGAAAAAAGUCCCGUCCGCCUGAGUGAGCCGACUGGAGAAUAAUCUUCCAUCAUGGAAGAUCAGGAGUUGUUAGGAUUCCAGGAAAUUCUGGUGCGGGCUCAGGACUGCUUGAGCAACAGUGAAGUGCUGGAGCUUGUGUUCCUUUGCGCUGAUAUGCUCAGGAAAGAUCUCAGCAAUGUGGUCUCAGCCAGAGAGCUGUUUACUCAACUGCAGAAUCAUGACCUGCUACACUCUGACGAUUCAUCUCUGCUUGUUGAGCUGCUAAAAAUCAUCAAGCGUGACAAACUUAUCCGAGACCUAGGAUUAAAUCCACAGCUCUUAUGCAGUCGGGUCUCCCCAUACAGGAAGAUGUUAUAUGAAUUGUCAGAGAACAUCUCAGAUGAUGAACUAAAGAAUUUUAAAUUCAUGCUAUACCAGAGAUUACCCCGCAAGAAACUACAACAAGAUGUGACACUGCUGCAGUUGUUUCUGGAAAUGGAGAAGGGGGAGUGCCUUGGUGCUGAUAACCUCAGCACUAUAGAAAAAAUCAUUGGAACUGUAUGCCCUCAUUUACAGAAAAUAAUCAGCUGUUAUCAAAUGGAGGAGGGUACUGGUGUUCCUGACAAAGUGAAAUUCAGGGACAGGUCUGGUUCCCAAGGCACUUCAGUAACAACAAGACCAGUUCAGCCUGAGGACAGCUUAUUUGCUACUACAUACCGCAAAGAUGUGGUGAAUCCUGAAGAGCUGCUGCCGCCCUCAUAUUUUAAUCAGCCACCGUCCACUGAGACACGUUCAUUGCGGACUUCUUUCUCAGGUGAUGCUGUACAAGCGCAGGUUGCUUGCUUGAAUGUUACUAAAACUCAACACCUCACCCAAGGUGACAAGAACACAAGCUAUCCUGAACCUAACCAAAAUAAGCCAGUGGUGGAGCAAUAUCACAUGAGUGGAGAUUGGAGAGGACACGCCUUGAUCAUCAACAACCAUGACUUCUCAAGGUGUCCGAGAUUAAAAAACAGGGAUGGGACGGACUUAGAUGAGGAGAUUUUAGUUUCUGUGUUAAAAUGGCUGGGGUUUAAAAUAUGGAUAAAACAGGACUGCAGUAAGGAGAGCAUGAUGAAAGCUGUGGCUGAGCUGUGCAGGCAAGAUCACACUCAGGCCGACUGCGUGGUGUGCUGUGUGCUGACUCAUGGCAAUGAAGGUGGUCUGUAUGGGGUGGAUGGAGAGCGAGUCUUGAUAAAGAAGUUGCUGGAGCAGCUGGAUGGCCAUCAUUGCCUCUCCCUCAUACAGAAACCCAAACUCUUCUUUAUCCAGGCCUGUCAGGGCGACAAGGAACAGACGGCAGCCUUCCUUCAGUCGGAUGGUUCUAACAACACCUCAGACAAAGAGUCUGGCUUAUUCUGUGAUGCUGAAGUGCCCAGAGAAACCAUACCUGUAGGAGCUGACUACCUAGUAGCCAUGGCGACAGUGCCAGGCUAUGUCUCAUUCAGAGAGAAAGUCAGAGGAACCUGGUUUAUUCAGUCACUGUGUGAGAAACUCAAACAGCUGGUGCCAAGUGGUAUUGAUCUGCUGUCCAUCCUGACUGAGGUAAACAAAGACGUGAGCAGGAAAGCCGACAAAAAUGGAACCAGGAAACAGAUGCCACAGCCAGAAUUUACACUGACUAAGAGAGUAAUAUUCCCUAUACCAAAAACCCCUCUGCCUUCCUAAUUAUCAUUUAGCUGAAAUUUCAUCUGGAUUGCUAUGUGUGGUAGUAAAUUGAUCAUAUUGUCUUCCGCAAAACCUUUAUGAACUGUAUUUAAAAACUGCCAAAGUUAUCCAGUAUGAAAGAAAUAAAAUCAGUAGACAUGCGCCAUACUGGAACCACUUUCAGUUUACUUUCUACUACAUUACAUUACAUUUGAUAUCCUGUUAUUAAAUAUGACAAUAUGACCCAAUUAAAUUAGGGGUUUAAGAAUAUUACAAAUGUAACAAGAUGAUUCUUUAUAUGUUUGCUAUUUCUAUGUUUCUAUGGAGAAUGCUGUAAAACAUUUUACAAAUAUAUAUAUUGGGUACAUACAGUGUAUUUCUGCCAAGUUCAGUAACUGUCAGUAAACAUCAUACUGAAAGACUGUUGUAUUUUUAACCUGUGUGCCUUCUAAUGCUGUCACCCAACAUCCACUGGGUUUAUGCUUCUUAUAUUGAUUUUCAUUUGAAUACAGGCAGACCUGAUAAAGGUUCCCGGGGUAAAGCAAUAUGUGAGAAUACAUGUGAAACAUUUCAUCAUAGAAAUUAUGUUAUACAUAGCAGAUUCUUGUGUUAAAUUGAUCUGUUUAGACCAGGUAAACUACUUUAAAGAUACCUCUUGUAAAGUUUAAAUGUAAAUGUCUUCUUAUUUUUAUAAUUAUUACUUUCCACUUCUUUUCCUUCCGUUUCCGUUAUAUUAGAUUUGGUGUUGAAAAUGAAUUAAACACAUUCUAAUUCUA